AUGCCUCCAAAGAGAGACCCAGAGCUUGAGGCGCAGGCCUUGGAUUGGAUUGAGGCCAAUCUCGGGGAACCUAUAGACAGGAAGACACCCUAUGAAGAUGUCCUUAAGGAUGGGAUUAUUCUCUGCAAACUCAUGAAUAAACUGAUGCCAGGAUGCAUAAAAAAGAUAGAUACCAAAGGUGGAGGCUUUGCUCUGAUGCAGAAUAUUGAGCGAUUCCAGCAUGCGGCCAGGCAGUGGGGAGUUCCUCCAAAUGAGGUGUUCCAGACGGUAGACUUGUGGGAGAAGAAGAAUAUUCCACAGGUUACAUUAUGCAUUCAUUCACUUGCCCGUGUUGCCCAGACCAGAGCAGAUUACAAUGGUCCAGUUCUCGGUCCCAAGAUGGCUGAGAAGCAAGAAAGGCACUUCACAGAGGAACAGCUGCUUGAAGCCAAAAACACAGUCAGCCUGCAGUAUGGUACAAAUAAAGGUGCCAACCAGUCUGGCAUUAAUAUGGGCAAACCAAGAUCCAUUGUGGAUUAA